AUGGAGCCUAUGAAAGAACACUGGACAUCGAGAAACGUUGGCAUACGUGGAAUGGAAUUUUAUUUUCCAAAAUUAUACGUGAAACUAAGGGAACUUGAAGUUUUUGAUGAAGUUAGUAGAGGUAAAUACACAGUUGGACUUGGACAAUCCGAAAUGAGUUUCUGCGCUGAUCAUGAAGAUAUCACAUCCAUUUGUUUGACAGUCGUAUCAAAAUUACUGAACAAUUACGAUCUUUCAACGAAAGAUAUUGGCUUCUUAUGUGUUGGUACGGAAACGUUAAUUGAUAAAAGCAAGAGUGUAAAAACUUCAUUAAUGAGGUUGUUUGGUGAGAAUUGUGAUAUUGAAGGGAUUGAUGUGAAAAAUGCGUGUUAUGGUGGUACUCAAGCUCUAUUUCACGCUAUCGAUUGGAUUUAUGCGAAUUGGGAAAUAGAAAAGCGAUAUGCAAUUACUGUUAUGGCGGAUAUAGCACUUUAUGAUGCAGGACCUGCACGGUGCACUGGAGGAGUAGGAGCGUUUGCAGCUUUAAUCGGCCCAAAUGCUAUAGUUUCAUUCGAUAGAGGACUUCGUGGAGUGUAUAUGGCUGAUAUCUACGAUUUUUAUAAACCAAACCAACCGGUCGUUUCAGAGUAUCCUAUUGUAGAAGGACAAACCAGUAUACAGGCAUAUUUUACUGCAUUACAUCAGACAUACGAGUUGUAUUGCCAAAAAUCAAAUCGUUUAAGACAUGAAGGAGUGGAUAUAUCGAAAUUUGAUGCACUGUUUUUCCACUGUCCAUUUACUCGUCUUGUAAAAAAAGCUUUUGGACUGUUGGCGUUUCUUGACUUCAAACAUGGAUAUAAUGAUCAUUUAUUGGAUAUUCAAGAACUGGAGCUUGAAAAGUUCAUCUUUACUCCUCGUGAAAUGAACUAUAUGAAUCGCGACUUUGUAGCAGCCACUGAGAAAAUGAGUUCAGUGCUUUAUUCAAAAAAAACAGAGCCAUUUUUAGUUCUUAAUCGACGACUUGGGAAUAUGUAUACUGCAUCUUUAUAUUCACAAUUAAUUUAUUACUUUUAUCGUUCUAACAGUAAAGAUCAUAUAAUCAAUCAACGCCUUCUCUUCUUCUCUUAUGGUAGUGGGGUAGCUGCUGCUACUUUUUCGGCUCAUAUUUCAAUGCUACAACAGGAUUCAGAGGAUCAAUAUAUUAAAAUAAAGAAAAGCGUAAAUCAAGUUAUAUCACAGCUCAAUAGACGCAUAUGUGUAGAACCAAAACGUUAUCACGAAAUAUUGCGUCUCAGAGAAGAGCUUACAUCAGCUACAGCUCCUUAUAAACCAGAAGGUGCAAAAAAUGAUUUGACAAAUGACUUCAGUUUAUUCCCGGAUACAUACUAUCUUGAAAAUAUCGGGGACAAAUAUAAACGAUUCUAUGCUCAAUCCAACGGUAAGACGGUUCAUUGA